AUGUCGGACGCGGAGGAAUCAAAUGCUGAAGAAGAAGAGAUUGAACAAGAGGAAAAGUCUGAAAAUGAAGAACAAGAGAGUAAAGAUGAGGAAAAUCCAGAAGAAGCCGAGGAAGAGAUUCGAGAAGAAAUUCCUUUAACGGAUGAAAUUAUUGCACAAUCAUUAUCAUUAUUAGCAAAAACCGGGAGUGGUUUGGCACAUGCUUAUGUUCGUCUAGAAGCAUCGAACAGAAAUUUGACUGAUAUCAGUCGAUUAGAAGCAUUUGUUCAUCUACGUUUCAUUGACUUGUCUAACAAUCGAUUACGAAAUGUAUCGUCGUUACAACGUUUAAAGUUUUUAUUAACAUUGAAACUUGACUUCAACGAAUUAUCAGCAUUUGAUCUACCACCAUUUCCGUAUUUACAAACAUUGAGUCUUAGUAAUAAUCGUCUACGAACUAUAACUGGAAUUGAACAACAACGCUUAGAAUCGCUAAACCUUAAUCAUAAUCAAAUUGAUAGCUGUACAGGACUUGAUCAAAGUAAACUACCAAAUUUAACCUCACUUGAAUUAAGAGAAAACCACAUUAAUACCACAAAAGGGAUUUCAUUGCCAGGCUUAAAAAGUUUAUUUGUGGCAGCAAAUAACAUAACAAAAUUAGAAGAUAUUGAAAACUUAAGUCGUUUAACUACAUUACAUCUUCGCGACAAUAAGUUAUCAAAUCUUGACGGUUUUAGUUCAGACAUGAGACAGUUGCAGUAUAUUAAUUUAAGAGGAAACAGUACUAGUGAAGCAUCUGAAUUGAAAAAACUUGCUGUUUUACCAAUGUUAAGAGCGUUAGUCCUUCUAGAUACACCAUUAUCCGAGUCGGAUAGCUACCGAUUAGAUGUAUUGGUUACUCUUGAUAAAUUAGAACGAUUAGAUAAAGAUCAGUUUACAGAUGAAGAAAAAGCAGACGCGCAAGAUGAACAAAAGCGUCGUGAAGCCACAGCAGAGCCGGACGAGGGUGAAGGCGAGUCAAAAGACGACGAAUGA